AUGACGAUGACGCUCGAAAAGCUCAGUACCGGAAAUGGUGUUGGUGGUCUCCCCACCAUGGACCGUCACCGACGGUCGACCGACAGCUGCACGCCCGUGUUGAUGGACAACUUCUACAUCGACAUACCGACCCCGUCGACACGCAGCGUGUCACCGCUCUCGUCCUCGGUGUCCCCCGGGAAGGACAAAUCGUUCAGCUUUUUCCGGAGCGUGUACCGCAAGAUCAGCCUCAAGUCGCACGACGAGCUGAAUCAACUGGGAGUUACACACGGGGACGAGGAUUCGCACAGUUCGUCCGUCGAUUCCUGCUCGUCGAUCAGCGAUCACCAUCGGGAGCACCUGCCAUCAAGGACCAAGCUCCAGAUGCAGCUGCGACUGUCGGAACUGGCCGCACUCUCGGGUGCCUCCAGCGAAAUGACCGUGAAUGGCGCCAAGGAGGCGCCCGGUGAUGUCUCGGGCUCGGGAGUGCAGGAUAGCCGCCGGAAGUCACGUCGCUCGUCGGUGCUAAAGCUACUGGAGAGCCUCGCCAUCAGUGCACCGAUCCGCUCGCGGUCCCUGUCGUGCAGUAGCAGCUCGGUGAACAAUCUGCUCCACAGCAAGGGCCGUGACUCGCGCACCGAGUCCAAGUGUUCACUGUUCAGCACCAACAGCAACGGAGCCAACGGUGAGCGGAGCAAGGAAUCCAACAAACCACCGCCGAAAAAGAUCCUUCGCCGGCCAGUGUCCUACACGUAUCUGAGAGGUAUCUCCGGGCUACCGACACAGCGCGUUCCACGGUCGUCCAUCUGCUGCAGCUACUACGGCCGCUAG